AUGAUUGACACUGCAAAGUUACAGGAUAUCCUGCCGCUAUCCUUGGACGUCGUUCCGCGGAGCUAUGGAGUGGUUUUCCUGCUGGUGUUGGUUUUAUAUUUCCUUUAUAGGGGCACACUAGGCACGGAUAUUCCCUACAUCAAAGGCAUACCAGAGAUCCCAGGCGCAAUUCCGGUCUUUGGUCAUCUACUCCAACUCGGCGACGAUCAUGCAAGUGUCUGCGAGCGCUGGUGGCGGCAAUACGGCCAUUCAGUCUUCCAGAUCAAACUCGGAAACACGCGCGCCGUGGUGGUAAACUCCUUCCAGGACUGCCGAAAGAUGCUCCUCAGCCACCAGAACGCCAUCAUCGACCGUCCGAAGUUGUAUACCUUCCACGGCGUCAUCAGCAGCACUCAGGGCUUUACCAUCGGGUCCUCUCCCUGGGACGAUUCAUGCAAGAAAAAGCGCAAGGCAGCCGGAACGGCACUGGGCAGACCAGCCCUGCGCAAUUAUCAUCCCAUGUUCGAUCUGGAGAGUUACUGCAUUGUGAGAGAUCUACGCCGUGACAGCAAGAACGGCGAGAUCGAGCUGAAUGUCCGUCCCUAUAUCCAGCGGUAUGCUCUCAAUACCACCUUGACCCUCUGCUAUGGAAUCCGCAUGGAUGCUGUUUACGAUGAACUCCUUCGCGAGAUCCUCUACGUCGGUUCGGCCAUUUCCCUCCUGCGAAGCGCAUCUGAGAAUCUGCAGGAUUAUGUCCCGUUCCUGCGCUACAUGCCCAACAACAAGAAGGUUGCACGCUCAAAGGAGCUCAGACAGCGUCGAGACAACUACUUGAAUCUCCUGCUUGAUAAGGUUCGCGACAUGAUCAAGAAGGGCACCGAUAAGCCCUGCAUUUCCGCGGCCAUCUUGAAGGACGAGGAGACCAAGCUCACGGGCGUGGAAGUGUCGUCCAUCUGUUUGUCACUGGUAUCCGGCGGUUUCGAGACAAUCCCUGGCACAAUGACCUCUGCCAUCGGCUCACUAUCCACACCGGAGGGUCAGAUCUGGCAGGAUCGCGCGUACGAGGAUAUCAAAAGACAAUACCCUGAUCUCCGCGAGGCCUGGACCAACUGCUACAAGGAGGAGAAGGUACCCUAUUUGAACGCGAUUAUCAAGGAAGCCGGUCGUUACUACACCGUCAGCUCGAUGAGCCUUCCCCGGAAAACAAUGACAGAAGUGAACUGGAACGGAGCCAUCAUUCCUCCCAAGACUAUGAUCCUCAUCAAUGCUCAGGCUGGCAAUCAUGACGUGGACCACUUCGGCCCUGACGCCGGAAAAUUCGACCCAGAGCGCUGGCUCAAAACCCUCGAUCCUCCCACUGAAAAGGAAACAACGGGAUUGCAGCAUUUGAGUUUCGGUGCAGGAUCUCGCGCAUGCUCGGGACAGUUCAUCGCUUCUCGUCUCCUCUACGCCGCGCUUCUUCGUCUCCUCUCCUGCUACAAGAUCGUGGCGAGUGAAGAACACCCGCCAAAUACCGACUACGUAGACUACAACCAGUUCAAGAGUGCGUUGGUCGCGAUCCCCAGGGAUUUCAAGGUUAAGCUCGUUCCAAGAGAUGCGACGUUGACUAGUGAGCUGUUGGAGGAGGCUGAGCUGAGGACGAAGGAGCACUACAUGGAGUAGAUGACUCUGAAGGGCAGUGAUCGUUGAAUGCAUUAAAACUAUCAUGAUUUAUGCAUAGCAUUGGUAUAGUUCGUGUCUUGAAUUUAUUGUCUUUCGGGUUCAUGGACUUUCUCUUCUUGACACACGUAGGAAUAUAGCAGACGUAACUAUAAUAAACUGCAUACCCAUGUCACUAUUCCUUCUCUGUACCCAUGCCUAGUGAAAAUAAGCACUUUCG